ACCUUUUGUGUGGACACAAGACUGGUAGGAAUUAUUUGUCAGUGAAGCAGGAACUGCGAAUCCCGUUGAGAAAUUGUGCGAAUAAUUAAUUAGAGGUGUCUCAAAUUAUUCAACCACCAGUUUAUUAUAUUUAAAUAUUUCUAGAACAGAGGAAGUCACAAUGCUAAUUAAAGUCAAGACACUCACUGGAAAAGAAAUCGAGAUUGACAUCGAGCCCACAGACAAGGUGGAGAGAAUAAAAGAGAGAGUGGAGGAGAAAGAGGGAAUACCACCCCAGCAACAAAGACUCAUUUACAGUGGAAAACAGAUGAAUGAUGAGAAAACAGCAGCAGACUACAAGAUCCAGGGUGGCUCAGUGCUGCAUCUGGUUCUUGCACUAAGAGGUGGGCAGUCCCACCUGCAGCCCAACAGCAUCAUCCCAACUAUGUAGUCACCAGUUCUGCCUUGACAACCACAGAUAUUCAGUCAAUGUACUCGCACAUGCCACAAGAACCCGUUGGAACCGUAUUGUGGUUUGACGAAUGGCAGCCACUAUAUAAUUUUUUUGGAACAUUCAUCAUCUUCCUCCUGAUAAAGUCAAUCCCCCUGAAUUCGAGUAGAGCAUAUAUGUGCUCUUUUUGUUAAGUUUACAAGGAGUGUUAGAAAUCAAGUUAAAACUACCAGUUUGUCAAUAAAUACUGAUG